CACAAUACACAAAAUGUCGACCAAGAUCUCGCCGUUCCUUUUUCCUGGCCCUGUAUCGUCAAUUGAUUCGCUAUCAAUCAUUCAUUUGAAAAGAGAUCUUCAAAUACCCACAAUCCUCAAGGAGCACGACGAGGAUGAUGAAGGCUAUGCUGAAGGAAAGGUUGUCAAUACCAGAUUUGGGUCUUUCCCGCAUACUACUUUGAUUGGCCUGUCAUGGGGAAGUCAAGUUCGAGCUUCGAAAGUAGAUACGGGAUCUCGAGGACGCCGUGUCAAGGGGCAAGAGAAGAAGAGGAAGCGCGAGGAAUCAGAGUCAGUAGAACCAAGUAAAGAACCCAAAUUGGACAACGAUGAAGCUGCUGGAGACGCCAGUACGCCUGCGACUACGAAAGAAGAAUCAGAAGCUGUUGCGGCUAGCAGCGGAUUCAUACACCUUCUUCCCCCUACCCCAGAGAACUGGACGAGCUCUCUACCUCAUCGAACACAAGUUGUCUACACGCCAGAUUAUAGCUACAUCCUACAUCGGAUACGAGCCCGACCUGGAGCGAACAUAAUCGAGGCUGGUGCUGGGAGUGGUUCUUUUACACAUGCAUCUGCGAGAGCAGUGUUCAGCGGAUACCCAAACAAUGGUGAGGCCAACGGCUCAGCACCCAGAAAGGGCAAGGUCUGGAGCUUCGAAUUUCACGAGCAGAGACAUGAGAAGCUGGAGAAAGAGCUGCAAGAUCAUGGACUUGAGGGUAUUGUGCAGGUAACGCACCGAGAUGUCUGCGAAGAUGGAUUCUUAGUUGAUGGACGAUCUCCAGGCGCAGAUGCCGUCUUUCUGGACCUUCCUGCUCCAUGGCUCGCCUUACCACAUCUCUCGAGAUCUCGUCCAACUAAAGAAGCUUGCCUCAAUGUCACUGCCGACGAAUCCAUCCCCUUCAUCUCUCCGCUGAACCCUUCCACCCCAGUUCACAUCUGUACAUUUUCGCCGUGCAUCGAGCAAGUUCAGCGAACAAUCUCCGUCAUGCGACACCUUGGCUGGGUUGAUAUUGAAAUGGUCGAAUUAUCCCAGAAGCGUUUUGAGAUUCGUCGCGAGAGAAUCGGAAUUGACAACGGUGCACAGCGAGGCGUUCAAGGUACACCAGCCACGGUUGAAGAGGCAUAUGCUCGUUUAGUGGAAGUAGAGGGCACAUUUAAAGCAUUUCAUGAGACUGGAGAGAAGGUUGGGUCGAGCAGAAGGGACAAGGCCAAUCCCAACAACCGGGAUAAGAUCAUGGAGAGUUUGACAGAGAGGAAAGUGUACAAAGAGGGAAGAUUGGUACAUAGGACGGAGCCGGAGAUCAAAGCACAUACCAGCUAUCUCGUGUUUGCGAUAUUGCCUAGGGAAUGGUCAGAAGAGGAUGAACGGAAAGCCCGAGAAAAAUGGGAGGUGAAGAUCAGAAUAGAGGACGAAGAGAAAACGGAUGAACGUGGAGAGAAGAAGAUGGGCAAGAAAGCGAAAAGAAGAGCGGAGAGACAAGCUCAGAAGGACAAAGCUGCUGCUGAGACAGAGGCAGGACGCAAGGAAGGAAAUAUAGAUGAUACGACGAAAGUAGACGUUGAAGACGCAAUAGAAUAGAGAGCUUUGCUCCUGAU